UUUGGCGAAAACCGCAAGUCUCGUGGGAGCAGUGGGAGGGGUAAUAUUGUAAUUGUGUGGAAGAGCCUCCCACUCUCCACGCCUCUUUCGUGGCGGAAAGAGCAUGUGGGUAUAGGCUGCGGAGAGCCGUUGUGAGAAGAUAGGGGCAUUUCCGGAAAGAGUGCGGUGAAAGUCUCUGUGUCGCUACAAUUGUCUCUGGCGGAGGUGGUGGUGGUGGUGGUGGUGGUGGUGGUGGUGCAAGAGUGAAGAGUGAAGCCUAAGGAAAAUGAUAGCAGUUGUUGUCUCCGCAGUUACCUUCUCUCUCUGAUGCUUCUCUCUCUCUCUCUCUCUCUCUCUCGAUUGAUCGAUCGAUAGACAUUUUGUUUCUUCUUCCUGCUAUUGCAGUUGCGGUUGCAGCAUCGCUAUCUUGUGCUGAAUUCUGGAAUUUUCGCACAAUGAGAACGAUUUUCUGAGGAAAUUGUGGUCUUUCACUCUCACUGUUCUCGUUUCUUUCUCUUUCUCUUUCUCUCUCUUUCUGUGUGUGUCUCUCUCUGGCGACGCAAUCUGCUUCCAAUGGAAGCUGCGGAGGAUUGCUGCGUUAAGGUUGCAGUUCACAUCCGUCCGCUCAUCGGCGAUGAGCGGCUUCAAGGAUGUAAGGAUUGUGUCACCGUCAUCCCGGGAAAGCCUCAGGCACAAAUUGGUUCACAUUCUUUCACUUUUGAUCACAUAUAUGGGAGCAGUGGUUCUCCCCCAUCUGUGAUGUUUGAAGAAUGUGUUUCUCCACUUGUUGAAGGUCUGUUCCAAGGAUAUAACGCUACUGUUCUUGCUUAUGGUCAGACUGGUUCUGGGAAAACAUACACUAUGGGUACAGGCUUCAAAGACGGUUGCCAAACAGGACUAAUCCCACAAGUUAUGAAUGCUUUGUUCAGAAAAAUUGAAACUUUGAAGCAUCAAACUGAAUUCCAAUUGCAUGUCUCCUUCAUUGAGAUUUUAAAAGAAGAGGUACAAGAUUUGCUAGAUACCUCUCUGAGCAAAUCAGAGAAUGCAAAUGGGAAUGCGGGGAAAGUAACUGUCCCUGGAAAGCCACCGAUUCAAAUUCGUGAAACGUCAAAUGGUGUUAUUACAUUGGCUGGAUCUACUGAAGUUAGUGUCACUACACUAAAAGACAUGGCCACUUGCUUAGAACAAGGAUCAUUGAGCAGGGCCACUGGGAGUACAAACAUGAACAACCAAUCGAGUCGUUCACAUGCAAUUUUCACCAUCACAGUAGAGCAAAUGCGUAAGCUCAAUCCAACUUUUCUUGGUGAUAGCAGUCCUACUGAGGGUAUGAGUGAGGAAUAUUUAUGUGCAAAGUUGCAUUUAGUAGACCUUGCUGGAUCAGAGCGAGCCAAGAGAACAGGUUCUGAUGGUCUGCGGUUUAAGGAAGGAGUUCACAUUAAUAAGGGCCUUCUUGCACUUGGUAAUGUUAUCAGUGCCCUUGGUGAUGAGAAAAAGCGAAAAGAAGGUGCUCAUGUUCCUUAUCGGGACAGUAAACUUACUCGGCUUUUGCAGGAUUCACUUGGUGGUAAUAGCAGGACUGUUAUGAUAGCUUGCAUUAGUCCAGCUGAUAUCAAUGCAGAGGAAACACUCAACACUCUUAAGUAUGCAAAUCGUGCUCGCAAUAUCCAGAACAAGCCUGUUGUCAACAGAGACCCAAUAUCUAGUGAGAUGUUAAAAAUGCGGCAACAACUGGAGCACUUGCAGGCUGAACUUUGUGCUAGAGGAGGCGGAGCUUCAUCUGAUGAAGUGCAGGUUCUCAAGGAAAGGAUUGCCUGGCUUGAGGCUACCAAUGGGGACCUCUGUCGGGAACUUCAUGAAUUACGCAGCAAAUGCUAUGUUGUGGAGCAAUGUGAAACAGAUGCUCAGGAUAUUGGCACCUUUUCUGUGAAAAGUGAUGAACUUAAAAGGAGCUUGCACAGUCUGGAAUCAUCUGAUUAUCAAAUGGCUGAAACCAUAAGAGCAGGUAAUUCCAGGGAAAUUGAUGAAGUGGCAAAAGAGUGGGAACAUAAACUUCUGCAAAAUACUAUGGACAAAGAGUUGAAUGAGUUGAACAGACGUUUAGAGCAAAAAGAGUCAGAGAUGAAACAUUUUGGAGGGUUUGGCACCAUGGCACUUAAGCAGCAUUUUGGAAAGAAAAUCAUGGAACUAGAAGAUGAGAAAAGAACUGUGCAGCAAGAGAGGGAUCAUUUGUUGGCUGAAGUUGAAAGCUUUGCAGCUAAUUCUGAUGGGCAAACACAGAAAUUGCAUGAUAUUCAUGCCCAGAAAUUAAAAGCUCUUGAGGCACAGAUACUAGAUCUUAAGAAGAAACAAGAAAAUCAGGUUCAGCUUUUAAAACAAAAACAGAAAAGUGAUGAAGCAGCAAAGAAACUGCAGGAUGAAAUACAAUUUAUCAAGGCACAGAAGGUUCAAUUGCAACAAAAGAUAAAACAAGAGGCAGAGCAAUUUCGACAGUGGAAAGCCUCUAGAGAGAAGGAACUGCUGCAGUUAAGGAAGGAGGGGAGGAGGAAUGAGUAUGAAAGGCAUAAAUUGCAAGCUUUAAAUCAACGCCAGAAACUGGUUCUUCAAAGAAAGACAGAAGAGGCUGCUAUGGCCACAAAGAGGCUUAAGGAGUUGCUAGAAGCCCGUAAAUCUCCAGCACGUGACAACUUAGUUACCGCAAAUGGAAACGGAUCAAAUGGGCAAAGCAAUGAGAAAUCUUUACAACGUUGGCUUGAUCAUGAGCUAGAAGUCAUGGUGAAUGUGCAUGAAGUUCGUUCUGAAUACGAGAAGCAGAGUCAAGUACGAGCUGCACUGGCAGAAGAGUUAGCAGUUUUGAAGCAGGUGGAAGAGUUUUCUUUGAAAGGACUUAGCCCGCCAAGAGGAAAGAAUGGAUUUUCUAGAUUAUCCUCCAUGUCACCAAAUGCAAGAAUGGCAAGAAUAUCUUCUCUUGAGAACAUGCUGAGCAUUUCAUCAAAUUCGCUUGUUGCAAUGGCCUCACAACUUUCAGAGGCAGAAGAGCGGGAGCGUGCCUUUAGUAGUCGUGGACGCUGGAACCAGCUGCGUUCAAUGGCAGAUGCAAAAAGCUUGCUUCAAUAUAUGUUCAAUUCUCUGGCAGACACAAGGUGCCAAUCAUGGGAAAAGGAAAUUGAAAUCAAGGAAAUGAAAGAGCAACUGAAAGAACUGGUAGGUCUACUACAACAGAGUGAGGUGCAAAGAAAGGAAGUUGAGAAGGAGCUAAGCCUGAGAGAGCAAGCUGUUGCAAUUGCAUUGGCUACUUCAGCUUCGGGGAACUCACAUAAUUCAUUGAAACACUUUGCUGACAACCUGAGUGGUCCCUUAUCGCCAUUGCCUGUGCCAGCACAGAAACAGCUUAAAUUUACAGCAGGCAUUGCUAACGGCUCGGUUAGAGAGUCAGCAGCAUUUAUAGAUCAGACACGAAAGAUGGUACCAAUUGGGCAACUGUCUAUGAAAAAAUUAGCAGUUGUAGGACUAGGAGGAAAGCUAUGGAGAUGGAAGAGGAGUCAUCACCAGUGGUUAUUACAGUUCAAAUGGAAGUGGCAGAAACCAUGGAGACUCUCAGAAUGGAUUAGGCACAGUGAUGAAACAAUUAUUAGAGCAAGGCCACGUCUACAGGCUCUGCCAGAUCACAUGUGAUUUAUAAUAGUCGCCAGUUUUUUUUUUUUGCCCUAUUUCAUCCUUGGCUUGCAUGCACAACCCCAACACAUGGCACAAUGGAAGAGCAAAGAAAAAAAUGGAGUUGUGCAGUAUGGCUGUUGGGGAUCUUUGCUAAGAGCCAACUUGGAUAAAGUUGAAUCUCGCUAAUUUAGGUUAUAAUCUCACAAAUUUUAGCUGGGGUUACAUCAUUUGGAGCAUCUUGUAAAGUGGUGUUGGUGCUGCCGGUGGUUGACCCGAGUUAAAAGGGCAAUGCCACAUGGGAGAUAGUACAAGUAGAGCAGUGCAUUGGUUAAAAGAAAGAAAAAAGGUUCUUGCACAAGGUGGCAGUCUCCAUUGUUUUGGUAUAUUAAGUCAAUAAAAAGUUACUUCCAGGGAAGGAAUUUUUCUGUAAAGUCACAGUAUCUGAUCGCUUCUUUCGAUUUUCGAUCUCGCUCGCUAAUUUGUUCUUGUGUUUAUAGGGAAAACGCAUAAAAUUGGUUUGUUGAAAGAAUUGGACCAUGUAGCAUUUACUAUAUACAACAAAGGCAAUUCUUUUAGGCACAUUUUCUUUGGUGCUUGUAUCUAUGGACAGCAUUGAUUUGGAGACACUGAUGCUUGUAUGUAAUUUCCAUUCCCACGAAGGGAAAUUUUCUUA